AUGAGCAAACUUAUCGGUUCUAAAGAAGAGGUACAUCUUCGACAAGAGAUUAUAUCUCAAUGUACAUGGAGUGAAACUUAUAGUUCAUUAAAACAUAUUCUUAAACGUACAGCUAAUCAAUUACCAUUACUUAUUUCAUUUAUUAAUAACAAUAGUGACCAACAAGUAACAAAUAAUAAUUAUCGAACAAUACUUUUUUUUCAUCGAACUUUUUCAAAUAAACUAUUAUUAACACCACUUCAACGGCGUAAAGAUCAACCUGAUCAAUUUGAAAUUUAUCCUCCUCAUUGUACUUUUGUUAUGCCAGAUUUCUUCAGAGGAUUAUUUGAAUUUGUUCUUUGUGGUCAACGUUGUAGUCGAAUUUAUAGAAAUCUAGAACAAUUGAUUACUUUUGCAUCGGAUUUUAAACAUUCAAUUGUAUUUAUGUCACGCGAUCGUGUUGUAGCUUAUUUUCAAGAUUCAAAUUUUCUAUAUUGGUCAAGGAAAAAAUAUCCACAAGGAUCUAUUUUUCGAGCUGAACGUAUCCAUCGUUCAUCAGUAUCAUCUAGUGAUGGUCAUCAAGUCCCAAAUGAUUAUCUUGAAUGUCUUGAUGAAGAUGGUUAUUAUGUUUUUAUAAAAAUGAAACAAUCUGGUCGCUAUUCUAUUAUUGCAACAUCGAUUGAACAACAAGAAAAUCAACCAGAAAUUUAUCUUCAUUCAACUCAAACAUCAAAUAUUGAUCAAUUAAUAAAACGUGUAACACUCUAUUAUGAUAAUAAAAGUAAUAAUAAUAAUAAUAUUCGUCUUGUACGUGGUUCAGUACCACAUAAUUUUCUUUGUCAACAUUUUCAUUUUAUUCGUCAACAUACAUAUGAGAUGCUUGUUGGUCUAACACAAGAAGGUCUUGUUAUUGAAUGGAAUUUAGAAUGCCAUGUACCAUGUCGAUAUGCAACGAAUUUAAAUGAUAUAUUUGAUAGUACAUAUGGAACAGUACUACAACAAACGCUUGAAUCUUAUAUUAAUCAAGCACAAAAACAUUAUAGAAAUAAUUUUCAAUAUAAUAUUCAAUUAGCAUCAAGUCAAGAUUGGACAGCAUUUUUUCAAUACUGGAUAUGGACUCGUAAGAAUCGUCAAAAAUCUAAAGACGACAACAAAGUAACAUCUCAAAGACGUCGUCAAUUUCAUCUUGUUGCUUCUAUUCAAGAUCUUUCUGAUAAUUCUCAAGGACUUUCUUCAACAUCUAAAAACAAUCUUAAUCUUUCUCUUAGUUCAUCUUCAUUGAAAGAAAACAGUUCUACUCAAAAUAAAAAAGUACUUCUACCUAAGCAGCAUUCAUUCUUCUCUCAAAUGUCAAAACUGAUUUUAUCAUCGGCAAGUUCUAGACAUCAUCAUUCCGAUCGAUUAUCUCGACAAACACGACGAACAUCAGGUUUUAUGCUACCAAAUACUACAAAACCAUUUGAUGAUAGCAUCUACGAAUCAAAUCAAGUUCAUUCUUCUUCUUGA